CCUAAACCAUUUCCACACAGCACCUAAUUACACCGAGUCCUUUUAUUUUGCUAUCAACCGAUUGUUUACUACUUUUAGUGUAAGCUGUUUUCGUCCAUCUAAGUGAUUUAUUAACAUAAUCGACUCGAAGAAAAUUAAUUAAAACUAAACGAACACCGUUACAACACCCUUAAGUAAAAUGUGCUAUUUUUAUCCAUCGCCGCCUAAUUACUGAACUACUAUGUGAUUGAUCAACUCUCGGUCUUUAUUUAGACUUGUGGCGUCAGUCAUAACAAAUGAUUCAGGGAUCAUGCCGCCUAUGGAACAUAAGCAUUCUGGCUGUCGUCUUCCUCUCCAUCUACAACAUCAUCCUCACCCUCAAGCUCAUGUACAGCCCCGAGUGCCCCCGCCACGCGCCCGUCCGCCCGCCGCUGAAGGCGGCCAAGUGCGACCCCCAGCGGCCCGCCUACUCCAAGAACGAGCCGAUCUUCCGGCUGGAUCCGCGCCUCGGCCGCUGGGACGCCCGCCUCCAGUACAAGCUCUUCGACAACAUCCUCGUCGGCGAGCGCUUCGCCUCCCUCAGCGACGUCCACCGCACCUGCCUGGCCACCCAGAGCUCCCUCGAGAAGAUGGCCUCGUUGAUCGAGGUGAGCGCCAACUGGGACGGGCCCAUCUCGCUGGCGACGUUCGCCGCCAGCGACGACGAGCUCAGCGCGCUGCUGCUCUACAUCCUGUUCCUGCGGGAGUGCAACGCCAAAAUCCGGGAACAAGUCAGUUUUCACUUCGCUUACCCUAAGGACCGCCGACCAAAAAACGUUAAUAUUGAUUUAGAUAGGCUCGCGGAGAUGAGCUGCGCCAAUCCGAUCUCGGCGCUGCAGCACUUGGUCAAGCAGUACCUCACGAGUACCACCAAGUGGCGCAAGAAGCUGCCGUACCCGCAGAACCACCUGAGGAACCUAGCCCGGAAGAACUGUCAGAGUAAAUUCGUCUUCCUGACCGAUGUGGAUAUUAUUCCUAGUAGGGGGAUGGCGGAGAAGCUGGAUGUGUUUCUGGAGACGGCGAAGUGCGCCGGAUUGUGCGCCUACGUCAUACCCACGUACGAGAUCGACGAGAGGGUGCGAUUUCCCCCGAAUAAGACUGAGCUAGUGAGGCUAGCGAAUAAGGGCCUAGCGAGACCUUUUCACCAUAAGGUUUUUAUUUACAACCAGUUUGCUACGAAUUUUACAAAGUGGCAGAACACCGCGGAUCCGGUCCAAGAGGUCCACGUCAGCCAUACCGUCACGAACUUCGAGUUCCUUUACGAACCGUUCUAUGUCGCUCCGGAUACGGUUCCCCCGCACGACGAGAGGUUCGUGGGGUAUGGAUACACCAGGAACAGCCAGGUGUACGAGAUGUUCGUCGCCGGCUACGAAUUCCUGGUCCUCUCGCCCAUCUUCACCUGCCACUGGGGCCUCCAGGUGAAAAAAACCCGCCCGCCGUGGAGAGAGCACCAGAACAACCUAAACCGGAAGCAAUUCGACGGCUUCAAGAGAGAAAUUUUUGCCAAAUACGACAAGGACCCGCUAAACAUGAUGUCAAAACGAAAGAAUUGAACCACUUUGUUUACUCAUAUCACACAGUACAGUUUCAGUUAUUACAAGCAAAUAUUUUCUUUACAAUAAAAUAUCUCAAAGUAAUUAUA